ACGUUGAGACACACAGAGCGCCUGCUUUCCCCUUUGGCUCCUCCCCCUUCCUUCCUUCCUUCCUCUGAUGCUGCUGUUGUUUGGGGUGGAAGAGGAGGAGGAGGAGGAGAAGGAGGCGGAAGAAUAUCAACACAGCCCCAUCGGAGAGGAGGAGGAGGAAGGGGAGAGAGAGCAUCCGUAGUAGCAUUACUUUGGGAUCCCAUACCCGUUCUCCGCGUGUGUCUUUGGGGACUCUGUUUUAAACCCCUCCUGCCUUCUGCUGCUCCUGCUGCUGCUGCUUCCGUGGCCCUUGCCUCGCCAUGUCGGUGAAUAUGGAGGAGCUCCGGCACCAGGUCAUGAUCAACCAGUUCGUGCUGGCGGCCGGCUGCGCGGCGGAUCAGGCCAAGCAGCUCCUGCAGGCCGCCCACUGGCAGUUCGAGACGGCUUUGAGUGCUUUUUUCCAAGAAACCAACAUUCCCAACACCCACCACCAUCACCAAAUGAUGUGCACACCUAGCAAUACUCCAGCUACGCCUCCCAACUUUCCAGAUGCUCUUGCCAUGUUUUCCAAGUUGCGGACUUCAGAGAAUCUCCAGAGCAGCAACAGUCCCAUCACAUCCAUGGCCUGUUCUCCUCCGGGUAGCUUCAGUCCCUUCUGGGCUUCCUCGCCUCCCAACCAUCAACCUGCCUGGAUUCCUCCAUCGUCCCCCACCAGUCACAACGUCCACCAUCACCUCCAUCAUCAGCAGCCCAUGUGGCCUCCAGUGUCCCAGCAAGGGGCCCCUCAGCAGAAAGCCAUGACGGCAAUGGAUGGCCAGAGAUAAGACUUAACAUUUUAGAAUUGGGAAAGAAGUUGUGGCAGGUGGGGAGGGGUGACAAACCUAGGAGGGGGUACACAGGGAAUAGGGUGGGGGUAUCUUUUUCCCCCCGAAGAUCGCACUGGAAUAUUUUAUAGUUUUUGUUUUUUAAACUGAUGCAAUGUCAUCAGUCUUCCCCGUGUUCCUUUUUUCUUCUUCUUCUACUUUUCCUCCCUUAUUUGUUUUUCAGGAGAGUUAAUAACUGGUCUCUUCUCUUUUUUAAAAAGAAAAAAAGGUAUAUAUAACUAUAAUAUAUAAAUAUAUAAAUAUAUCUAAUGUAUAUACAUCACAGAUGAAAGCAACAGGAUUACCAAGAUCCAAGUGGCAUUCUGAGAACACUGCUUGGAAAGAAGGGUAGCUGCGUUGGAUCUGAGCGUUGGGGUUUGGGGGGAGGGGAUUCUCCCUUGAAAAAGUGUGUGUGCGCAUGCGUGCGUGUGUUGCGUGAAUAGGAGGGAAAGGUUCAGAAACUGGCCUUCAUUUGUUCUUUUUGUCUUCUCUUGCUUUUCCUUUUGGCUCCCGGUUGUGGGGACCUCCUGCAAUAGUUAUGGGGCUGUGGAGAAUCUCUCUAUGAUAGAAACCACUGGUCUCCCAUGGCAGGCCUCAAAUUCAGUUGUAUGCAGGGAGCAAGGAUGACAUGGAAAGAACCAUGGAUAUUUCAGUGAACCUACUUGGCAGGGAUGUGUAAUCCACUGAUGGAAUCCAUCCGCUUUACCCUAUGAUUGCAGGAAAGUGUUCCUUGUUUUGUUGUGGGAGCUGCAUCGCAGAGCUUUCUGGACGAGCCUUGAAAAGAAAUGAUGGAGUAAUGCACAAUGCCUGUGCUAUAUUAGAUGUAUUGUUGGGCCUCUCUUGAGUAGCAUGUUGAAUUAUGCCCAUGGCUUCAUACACACAAGGAAGUGUAUAUGUUGCCCUGCUAUCCUGGAGAGGAGACAAUAGAUGUACAUGCUGGCAGAAUAAAUUUGACAGCCACCUCUUCCUUCCUUCACAUGUGCAAAGUGUGUGUAUGGAAGGGGAUUUUUGUUUUGUUUUAUUUUGUUGUUAUUUUGUGGGUGGGAUGCCCUAAACCUUCUCCUCCACACCCCAACUUUGGCCUCUCUUGAAGGCUGCAGCAGGUGUGCCCCAAAGAGCUGAAAAAAGUGAUGUGAGUGUCCAUUUUACCAUGGACUUAAAACAAAACGACCCCCCCCCCCCCACAGUUUCCAUUCUUGAGAAUGGUUUUCCCCUUCAGCUCACAAGCUCUUUCCCUUUCUAAAAGGACAAUGUAUUUGGAAGGCAAAGCCAGAAGGGAAAGUGUUUAAAUUUAUAUAUCUCUCUUUAAAUAUCUUACACACACACACACACAGAGAGAGAGAGAGAUACCAGCCUUCCCAGAUGAUAGAUCUUUUGAAGGAGGGCUCCAUGAGUGUUCUCAUACAUCCAAGGGCACGCGAGAAACUGAGGCUCUUCUUCUUGGUUUUUUGGGUUUUUUUGUUUUUUGUUUUUUAGGUUUUAAAAUCAGAAUCUUGCUUAAACAGGUUGAAGGUUUUUUAUUAAUUUAAAAAUAAAAAAACACUUUUUUAAUCUGA